AUGGUCUUCACCAAUCUAGAUUGCCCCAAAAAAAUUGACGCAUCCGGACAACAAAAAUGGCGUAUAGUUGUCGACUAUCGGAAAUUAAACGACAUCACUGUUGGUGACAGCUACCCAAUACCGCAAAUAUCCGAAAUUUUAGAUCAGCUAGGACAGAGCAAAUACUUCUCAACCCUUGCGUCAGGAUUUCACCAGAUUUCAAUCAAUGAGGAAGAGGCUCCCAAAACAGCCUUUAGUGUACCACAAGGACACUACCAAUUUACAAGAAUGCCGUUUGGUUUAAAAAACCUUUCGUCAGUAUUCCAAAGGCUUCGAAACUACAAUUUAAAACUCCAACCUGACAAGUGCGAGUUUCUCCGACGUGAAGUCGCAUAUCUUGGCCAUCAAAUAACUAAAGAUGGUGUAAAACCUAACCCUGAAAAAGUAAAGCGUCAAGGUCCAAUUGGCAAAGAUAGGCCAAUAGCCUUUGCCUCUCGGACUCUCAACAAAAGCGAAUGUAACUAUAAUACCACCGAAAAGGAACUCCUUGCUAUUUUGUUCGGUUGUAAAACCUUUCGCCCAUAUCUCUAUGGACGAAAAUUCAAGAUCAUUACUGACCAUAGACCACUAAAGUGGUUGUUUAAUCAUAAAGAUUCUAGUAGUAAGUUACAAAGAUGGCGCCUAAAACUAAUGGAAUACGAGUAUGAAAUCGAAUACCAAAAAGGAAAACUUAAUGCCACUGCUGACGCCCUAUCCCGAUAUCCCUUCAAUGAUGGAGAUUUUUUAAAAGAAUGCAUAGAAAUUGCCGCUAAGAAAAUGUGUCCAGAAGCAGCAAAAAAUUUUGAGAAAAUUCAACUGAAUCGUAUGACUAUCCAAAGACGAAUUAUGUCUUUGUCAUGUAAUAUUGCGGAACAAUUAAAUGAAAAAACUAAGAUCAUUGACUUUUUUUCAUUAGCACUCGACGAAUCCCAGUUCAACCAUCAGACUCUGAUCCUGUUCCAUCCAAUUCUAAUCAAAAUGAAGAUAACUCCACACCUCAAUUCAGCCCUCUUACUCUUGACUCAAAUAUCAGUUCAUAUUUAUCACAAUGCUAUAAUUUACCCUACACCCUCUGAGAUACCCAGAAUACUCCGUGAAAACCACGACAUUCCAAUUACCGGACAUUUAGGAUCUACGCGAAUGUAUAAUCGAGUAAAAGAGAGGUAUUUCAAAAUGCCAAAGUAA